AUGGCUUCUCCUGAGAAAGUCCUGGUUGAAGCACCCACUCCAAGCGGAGUGCCGGACCGGAGCGACCAAAGCAACAAUCUUAUCGAGAGGCACUCUGUCUUCACAGUUAGAGAGAAAUGGUGUAUUGUUGCCAUGGUGUCUUAUGCGGCAUGGUUCUCGACCUUGAGUAGCUUUAUCUACUACCCGGCUAUUCCCACAUUGUCCAAGUCGCUUGAUGUCUCAGUAAGCAAAAUUAAUCUCACUGUGACAACAUACAUGGCCAUCGCCAGUAUUGCUCCGGCCCUGGUGGGCGAUACGGCCGACAUUCUAGGGAGAAGGCCUGUGUACAUACUUGUACUGAUCAUGUCAGCUUUUAUUUCUGGACGAAAACUGGAUCAAGCUUGGCUGAAUGCCAGGAUCAAGCGAGGCCUUCCUAUAGACAAAGCUAUAGGAGACGAUCUGGACAAUUUCCCAGUCGAAAAGGCUCGCUUGUGCGUGAUAUGGGUUCCGAUGCUGAUGACUACCGGGUUGGUGGUAGCAUUCGGUUGGGUCUUACACUAUCAUCAGCAUAUUGCCAUCCCGCUUGUUAUUCAAUUUUUUGCAGGGCUUUGCAUGCAGCUUGACUUCAGUGUGAGUGCCCUCUAUCUCGAAGAAUUUACAACUAGUUAG